UUUCAAUAAAAGAGCUUUUAAGCAGAAUAAGUUCUUUGUAAUUUUAUUUAAACUAACAGUUCUAAAAUUGUCAAUUAUUUUUAUAAAUUAUACACAUAAAAAUUUCAUUUAUACGAUAUCAAAAUGCCAAUCUUACAAAUCGAUUCUAAUUUAUCAAAAUCUAAUGUUCCAAAAGAUUUUAGAGUUAAGACUUGUGAACUUAUGGCAGAUAUAUUUAAGUCACCAAUUAAUUUUUGUGUUGUUCAUAUGAAUAUGGAGCAAGAUAUGUAUUGGUAUGGUUUAGUCAGUCCAUGUAUUCUAGGAACACUAAAAAUAAUUGAUAGUUCUGGAAUAAUAAGUCCCAAACAAAACAUUGGACAUGCUGAAAUACUUGUAAAACACAUCAGUGAUAAUUUAAAAAUACCAAAUAAUAACAUAUCAAUAUCAUUUGUUGAACAAGAUGCAGAAAAUGUUACAAUAUUUAAUACCACUGUAUCAAACUUUUUACAAAAUAAAAAUUCUAUUUUACAAUAAUAA